UCCACUGCCCUCCAGCCCACAGAGAAGUGUUAUACAGACCUCUCCUUGCCUGGUCUAUUUUGUCCGAGCGCUUCCCUCCCUCCCUCUCACUCAUUUAUUACUUGGAGACAGCGAAGAUUCGUCCCUCAAUCCGCGCACCCGAAGCCCAAUCCAGACCAAAGAAGCUGGAAUCCCUUCUCUCUCUCUCCCGGCUUUGCCUCUUGUUUCCAGUUGUUUUGUGUGAUGCUUGGAGCUUAGAUCGAAGCGGGAAGGCUCGAAUCGAUGGAAUCGUGAACAGGGAGUAGAGAAGAUCUGGAUUUUUCUCUCUUUUUUAAGUAGAAAUCGCCUCUUUUGAAUGUUCCAGCUGUGGGAAUCCUUUCCUUUCUUGGAAUUCGCUGUAAAAAUUGGAUCUUUCCCAUUUGUCGAUUGGAAAGGCGUUUGAUUUUUUUUUUCUUUCUCAUCAAAAGAGGCCCCCCUGAGAUCUCGAUAUCCCUCUGGGAAACUCUAGGAGGUAAGUGGAAGAGGAAAGGCGUCGACCUGGUUCCUAUCUGCUUCGAGAUUUCGGCCAUGGUGGCCGAGCCCUGGAUCCACAAGAUGCGGACCGCCUUCUCCCUUGAGAACUCCUCCGCCACGGCCAGGAAGAAGAAGGAGGUGUCGCAGCCACCGCAGGACGGCGGCGCCGCCGUCUCCAGCACCGUCGGGAUACUCUCUUUCGAAGUAGCCAACGCCAUGUCCCGGGCUGUCAACCUCUACCGCUCCCUCUCCGACUCCGAGAUCGCGCGCCUCCGCUCCCAGACCUUCGCCUCCCACGCCGUCCGCUACCUUGUUUCCGCCAACGAGCCGUACCUCCUCUCCCUGGCUCUCGCCGAGAAGCUCGAGGACCUUAAUCGCGUCGCCGCCAUCGCCUCCCGCCUCGGCCGCCGCUGCUCCCACCCGGCUCUCCUCGGCUUCGAGCACGUCUACUCCGACCUCCUCGCCAGCCGGAUCGACCCCGCCGCCCUCGGCUUCCUCUCCAAAGACAUGGACGGCACCGUCCGCAAGAUGGAGCGCUUCGUCUCCUCCACCGCGGCGCUCUACACCGAGCUCGAGGUCCUCACCGAACUCGAGCAGUCCGCCAAGAAGUUCCCCCCGACGCCGGUGCACGAGGAGACCCGCCGGGCCUUCGAGCAGAAGAUCCGGUGGCAGCGGCGCGAUGUGAGGCACCUCAGGGACGCCUCCCUCUGGAACCAGACCUAUGACAAGGUCGUCCUCCUCCUCGCCCAGGCGGUCUGCACCAUCUAUUCCCGAAUCCGCCAUGUGUUCGGGGAGUCUGUUCUUGGCUUGGAUUGCUUGGUUUCUGAUCAAAGUCGGCAGCUUUCCGGCCAAAUUAUCCCUUCCGGUCACUGCGCAGCUCAUUCUGGGUUGCUUCAGUCUGAUGCAAGUGAAGGCAAAUCCCAGAAGAUUCCACAGAUGGGAGCUGAAGCAGAUUCUGGUGUAAAUUUUCACAGGGAUGGUCUCCGGCAAUGGGCCAGCCCCGGGAGGCUUUUCAUGGAGUGCCUCAAUUUGGGUACCUCUCUUUCAUGGAAGAUCAGUGAUGACCAUUUCGAGAAUCGGAGUUGCCACAGCCGGUUUGGGACUGGUGCUAUCAUUCCUUUCAGUGACGAACAGGGGCCGAACAGGAGUGUUAAGAUCAGGAGAUCACGGUAUGGGCUGAAGAGUAGAUUAACGAAGCUUGCUCCACCCUCCACUGUCGGCGGUUCUGCUCUUGCACUACAUUAUGCAAAUAUUGUAAUUAUCAUUGAGAAGUUACUGCGUUAUCCACUUUUAGUUGGGGAGGAGGUGAGGGAUGAUCUCUACCAGAUGCUACCCUCGAGCUUAAGGUUGGCUUUGAGAAGGAGUCUGAAGUCUUUUGUCAAGAAUCUAGCUAUCUAUGAUGCACCUCUUGCACAUGAUUGGAAGGAAGCAAUCGAGAAAACAUUGAGCUGGCUCGCACCGAUGGCUCAUAAUAUGAUCCAGUGGCAGACUGAGCGCAACUUUGAGCAGCAGCAGAUUGUUUUGAGGGAAAAUGUCCUUCUACUUCAGACAUUAUAUUUUGCUGAUAGGGAGAAGACAGAGGCAGCUAUAUGUGAGCUUCUUGUUGGGUUGAACUAUAUUUGCCGGUAUGAGCAGCAGAAGAAUGCUUUGUUGGAUUGUACAAGUAGUGUGGACUUUGAUGAUCGUGUGGAGUGGCAUAUGCAAUACUGAGCUUAGCUUCACUGGUUCUUCUUAAAGUUUGAAAAGAUCAAAAACUAUUGGUGCUGAGGUUUAGAAAUUCUUUCCUCAUCAGAGCAUCCCAUGGAUGAGGUAUAGAGCUUGGUAUUGUUGUUUUUUUUUUUCUUUAGUAUGGAGAUUCUGGCGUAUAAUGUACAUAAUCCCUUCUGUUCAGAAACCCGUGAUAAUUUAUAGAGCAAAAAUUUUGGCAUUUCCAUC